GAGUCUCACACAAACUCGGAGAGGAAGAAGAAGAAGAGAACCAUAAAGCGUUUUUCUUAACUUCUUCCUUUCAUUCUACUCUCAUCAAUCCUUAAACCCUAAACCUUAGUUUCCCGAAUCUGUUCUGCGAGAGUUUAAUACUCUGCUUCAGCCAGAGGUGGUUUAAAGUGAGGUAUUGCUGACAUAUAUUCAAUGGUGUCGCUGGCUUUGUCGUUUCCUCCCGCCGCUAAGACGCCAUCGUACUUAGCCUCGUCGUCUUCGACUUUCUUUUCCUCUUGCUCGUCUCUCUCUUUCACGACCUCUCAGUAUCGCUCCCGGAACUCUGUCAUCGCUUGUGUUAAAUGCGAUCUGCACGAGUCAUUGAAUGUGGGGAAUGGGAAUCCCAGUAUCCCAAUUAUUAACGAGAGGACACUUCCAAAUUUCUUGGAAUCUGCUCGGAUGGAGAAAUCGGUCAACAGAACCAAUACCAGGCUGAAGUUGUUCUCUGGCACUGCAAAUCCAGCACUUGCUCAGGAAAUUGCUUGGUAUAUGGGCUUGGAUCUUGGCAAGAUUAACAUCAAGAGAUUCGCUGAUGGAGAGAUCUACGUUCAGCUACAAGAGAGCGUUAGGGGAUGCGACGUCUAUUUGGUGCAGCCUACUUGUACUCCAACAAAUGAGAAUCUCAUGGAGCUUUUGAUUAUGAUAGAUGCUUGCCGGAGAGCAUCAGCCAAGAAAGUAACAGCCGUGAUUCCGUAUUUUGGAUAUGCAAGAGCUGACAGGAAGACACAAGGGCGUGAAUCCAUUGCUGCAAAAUUGGUUGCUAACCUUAUAACCGAAGCUGGUGCAGAUCGAGUUCUUGCUUGUGAUCUUCAUUCAGGACAGUCAAUGGGUUAUUUUGACAUUCCAGUCGACCAUGUGUACUGCCAGCCUGUGAUACUUGAUUAUCUUGCUAGCAAGUCGAUUUCCUCAGCGGAUUUGGUAGUGGUUUCUCCUGAUGUUGGUGGAGUAGCCAGAGCACGCGCUUUUGCAAAGAAAUUAUCAGAUGCACCACUUGCCAUUGUCGAUAAAAGGCGCCAUGGACACAAUGUUGCUGAGGUCAUGAACCUAAUUGGUGAUGUAAGAGGGAAGGUGGCAGUAAUGGUUGAUGAUAUGAUUGAUACCGCUGGAACCAUUGUGAAAGGAGCAGCUUUGUUACACCAGGAGGGUGCUCGUGAGGUCUAUGCAUGCUGCACGCACGCUGUUUUCAGCCCGCCUGCGAUAGAGCGAUUAUCAGGGGGUUUGCUUCAAGAAGUGAUAGUGACAAACACAUUACCAGUAGCUGAGAAGAAUUACUUCCCGCAGUUGACAAUUUUAUCGGUGGCUAAUCUUCUUGGUGAGACGAUUUGGCGUGUCCAUGAUGAUAGCUCCGUCAGUAGCAUUUUCCUUUGACCUCAAUCUCCGUCUCAUUGCGUCUCAUUUGAAACGUUUUCUUGAUGUUCUUAGUCGGUUUAGAACCGGGUUUUAUAAUCCUGGUUUAUGUUCUAACCUUGGGUCACCAUAUUUUCUUGCUCUUGUCUUCUGAUAGCUUAGGUUUUUCUUAUUUGGUCCACAACUCAUUAUGGAUUUUACCAAUUGAUCUUGAGCCAAUUUUGAUUAUGGUAUACACAAGUUUCUA